AUGACAGGACUGGCCGCACCAGAGCAAGGGGCCAUGCUUCUUAGAGCAAAUGGCAUCACCCUCAAGGUACCAAAUGGGAAAACUACUAAUGAAGAGGUACUGCAAGCACGCGGCCAGUGGGCAAACAAGGCCGAGUUUCUCCUGGCAGUCGCUGGGCAGAUCAUUGGAUUGGGCAAUGUUUGGCGAUUCCCUUACCUGUGCUACGAGAAUGGUGGAGGUGUGUUCUUUGUGCCCUACCUGUUGUUUCUGGUACUGUGUGGAGUCCCUCUUUUCCUCCUGGAGACAUCUUUGGGCCAGUUUACCAGUCUGGGUGGAGUCAGUGCAUGGAGGAGUAUUUGUCCACUUUUUGGAGGCCUUGGAUACGCCAGUCAGGUGAUAAUCCUCCACAGCUGUGUGUACUACAUUGUCAUCCUGGCCUGGGCUGUGUUUUAUCUGGCCAGCAGCUUCAGCAGUCAACUUCCCUGGGCACACUGCAACAACACCUGGAACACAGCUGCCUGUGUAGAGUUUGGCGGACAGAACCUGACAGCCAAUGGGACCAGCCCAGUGAACGCAACAUCUCCAGUCAUGGAAUUUUGGGAGCGGGAGGUGCUCAAUCUGUCCAGUAGAAUGGAUGAGCUGGGUUCUGUGAACUGGAGGCUAGCAUUGUGUCUUCUACUGGUCUGGAUCGUCUGCUACUUCUGCGUGUGGAAGGGAGUCAAGUCCACAGGCAAGGUUGUGUACCUCACUGCCACUUUUCCCUAUGUGAUGCUGCUUAUCCUGCUAAUUCGUGGGGUCACCCUGCCUGGAGCAGAACAGGGUAUCAUCUACUACCUCAAACCCAACCACACUAGACUGGCCGAUCCCCAGGUGUGGAUGGAUGCUGGAACUCAGAUAUUUUUCUCAUAUGGGAUUUGCCUUGGCAGUCUUACAGCACUGGGCAGCUACAACCGAUUUAACAAUGACUGCUACAAGGACUGUUAUAAGCUGUGCUUGCUGAACAGUGGGACCAGUUUUGUGGCAGGCUUUGCCAUCUUCUCUGUGCUGGGCUUCAUGGCACAUGAGCAGGGUGUGGACAUCACUGAGGUGGCCCAGUCAGGUCCAGGCUUGGCCUUCAUAGUAUAUCCCCGUGCCGUCUCUAUGAUGCCUGUACCCCAACUGUGGGCCGUCUGCUUCUUCCUCAUGAUCAUUAUGCUGGGUCUGGAUACUCAGUUUGUCAGUCUGGAGGCACUGAUGACCUCUGUCAGCGACCUUUACCCGACAGUCAUCCGCAGGGGUCGGCGGCGAGAGCUGCUCCUGUUAGUGGUGUGUCUGGUCUGCUUCUUGGUGGGCCUGGUCAUGGUCACCCCGGGAGGCUUUUAUAUAUUCAAGAUCUAUGAUCACUUCUCCUGCAGCGGAGCCAGUUUGCUGUUGCUGUCCAUUUUCCAGUCGGUGGCCAUAGGCUGGGUCUAUGGCCCAAACCGUUUCAGUGACAACAUUAAAAGCAUGAUUGGAUACCAUCCACAUCCCUUCUUCAAGCUGUGUUGGAGAUACCUGACUCCAGCCGUGUGUAUGGGGACGUUUGUGUUUUCUCUGGUCCGCUGGUCACCUUUGUCCCUGGGGAAGGGUGUCGUGGCCCCUGGAUGGGCGACGGGUCUGGGCUGGCUUCUGACCCUCUCUUCUGUGGCCCUGCUGCCUUUGUGGGCCAUUUACGCCUUGCUUACAUCCCGUGGCAGCUUCACGCAGAGAAUCCACCUGCUGUGUCGCCCGGCCUUUGUCUCACCUCUGACCCAGAAACACCUAGCUAACGGCACCCAUAUCACCUUUGACCUCUCUGAAGAGAAGCCAAAGGAGCCAGUAGAGGAACUGUAA